AUGACGAUCGCAGAGGAGUUUGCGACAAGGAAUUUCAGUAUCUAUGGUCAAUGGACCGGAGUGAUAUGCAUAUUCCUCUGUUUCGCCCUGGGAAUCUCCCAUCUCUUCCACGUCUCCAUCAUGAUCCUCUUCGGAGCUCUCUGCCUCGCGAGUUCCUUCCUCAUAAUCUUCAUCGAAAUCCCGCUACUCCUCCGCAUCUGUCCUACAUCGGCGAAAUUCGACACCUUCAUGCGCCGGUUCACCACAAACUACAUGCGAGCUGGAAUCUACCUGGUUAUGGGCAUCACUCAAUGGCUUAGUUUGAUCAAGGAGGCUAGUAGCUUGAUUGCGGCAGCUAUUAUGUUGACGUUGGCAGCCAGCUUUUAUGCUCUUGCUGGUGUUAAGGGACAGGGUUUCGUGGGUAGCAAGACACUUGGUGGACAGGGUGUUGCUCAGAUGAUUAUCUGA